AUGCUCAACAAAAAUAAUAGAAUAGGAUUCAAAAUUAAAUACGAAUCUCAGCAUACAACCCUCACUCAUCUCAUGUACAUGGAUGACAUAAAAUUAUUCGCUAGCAACCGGAAUGAAAUACACACCCUCGCUGAUAUAACACAAACUUUUUCAAAUGACAUCUGCAUGGAGUUUGGAAUAGAUAAGUGCAAAAUUCAGUCAAUUGUUAAGGGAAUAGCAGAACCAAUAGAAUACGAAUUAGACAACCAAGAACUAAUAGAAGCUGUUGAUCCUAGCGAGGGUUAUAAAUACCUAGGUUAUUAUCAGUCUACAGAAAUUCACCUUAAAGACACAAAAAAACUAUUACAAGAAAAACUUAGGAACAGAUUACACAAGAUAUUACACACUCACCUUAACGCAAAAAACACCAUCAAAGCGAUAAACACAUUCGCUAUCCCGAUUCUAACAUACUCAUUUGGUAUUAUCCGCUGGACUCAAACUGAUCUCACAACUUUACAAAGAAUAAUUAAUACCACUAUGACUAAACACAGAAAACAUCACCCUAGGUCUUGUAUUCAGAGAUUAACCCUGCCUAAAAUUGAGGGUGGCAGAGGACUCAUUGAUAUCACAAACCUUCAUAAUAAUCAGAUCAUAUUACUCAGAAAAUUCUUUUACAACCGCUCACAACAUUCAUUAUUACAUAAAGCUGUAUGUCAGGCAGACACAUUCACACCACUCUCAUUAGCAGACCGAACAAAACAAAUUACAACAAUUAACAAAGAACAGAAGAUACAAGCUUGGCAACAGAAAUCGCUCCAUGGCCGACAUCGUCUCGAUUUAACCAAUCCUAUCGUUGACAAGAUAGCGUCAAACGCAUGGUUAAAGCGAGGCGAGCUGUUCCCCGAAACAGAAGGUUUCAUGUUAGCCAUUCAAGAUCAAGUGAUUGACACUAAGAACUACAGAAAAUACAUAAUCCGCGAUAGCAUCCUUGGCAGUGACCAUUGCCGGCACUGCCACAAACAACCUGAAACGAUCCAACAUAUAACAGGGGCAUGCUCAUCCAUCACACAAACAGACUACAAACACCGACACGACCAGGUUGCAGCUAUCAUACACCAAACACUCGCAUUCAAACACAAACUCAUAGCAGAGAAAACUCCAUACUACAAGUACACACCCCAAAUCAUCCUAGAUUCACCCGAUCUUAAAAUGUAUUGGGACAGAACCAUACUAACCGACAAAACCAUACACCACAACAGACCUGAUAUUACACUUCACGACAAGAAAAACAAAAUAGUGUAUCUAAUAGAUAUAGCCAUACCUAACACACAUAACCUAAGUUCGACUCACACUAACAAACUCUCUAAAUAUACAGACUUGACCAUUGAGCUCAAAUCUCAGUGGCAAGUUCACACUGUUAAGACCAUUCCCAUUAUUAUAUCUAGCACAGGCGUCAUUCCCAAAACACUACACACAAGUCUAAAGACCCUCGAUUUACAUCCCCUCACAUUCACACUUCUACAGAAAGCAGUUAUACUCAACACAUGCAGAAUAGUCCGAAAAUUCUUAUCAAUCGAUUAG